CCACAGGCAACGACAACGAGGUAGCACACCCAGAUCUAACGGAAGCGACCAGGCCAGCAUGGACGCAGUGAUUCAAGGUCAGAUGAAAGGAUGGCAUUCCACAGCCGCCGCAGCAGACCGCACGCCUCUCGUCAUUGGCGCAGGUCUACCACGCACGGGAACCAGCUCUACCUUUGAGGCACUCAACACUCUUGGCUUCGGCGCCGUCAUGCACAUGGCCGUCAACUUUCAACAGCCCUGGCGCAUCGAUACCUGGAGAAAGGCACUUCUCGCCAAGCGUCUAUCCCUCAAUCAAGGCGAGUUGAAGCUUAAGCCGCACUACCACCCUGGACCUGCGGAAAUGCCAGACUGGUCAGUCUUCCUGAGUGGCUACGGUGCCACCCUCGACAGCCCGGCAUGCGAAUUCGUGCCGGAGUUCUUGGAAGCCUUCCCUGAUGCGAAAGUAGUCCUGACUGUGCGUGACUCUGAUGAAGCCUGGUGGCAGAGCUACAUGGGAACGGUCGGCAAAAUCGGCGAGGCCUUCGGUUUCCACAGGCAGAAAGUGGCGUUGAUUCCCCGACUCUACAAUCAAGCCUGUCUCGCGGAAGAGAUUGCAGAGUAUUGGCGACAAAAGUACUGCUCUGACUUGGAGCAACAAAACUCAGCUAUCGUUCAUUCGCGACAUAACGCCUACAUAAAAGAGAUCGUCCCAGCUGAUAGGCUACUCAUCUUCAAUGUCAAGGAAGGCUGGCAACCACUUUGUGACUUCCUCGGUGUUCCAGUCCCAAAGACGCCCUUCCCUCACGUCAACGAUACACAUGGUGUCAAUAAGAUAAUCACGACUAUGCAAAGGCUUGGGCUCGCGAUGUGGGCUUUGUCGCUCGGCGGUGGUACUGCUCUUGCUAUUUUUGCGGCCAAGCUAGUCAUUCGCCAUGGAGGCCUUGUCGCUAGCUGGCACAAGCUUGCCGCCCAAGGUGGCCGUCUGCUCGGCAGGAAAUAACAGGACAGCGUCUGAUAGACCGAAUGGCAGUUCACGACAUUCCACUAAAUCUUCCUUUCCCGCUGAUCUUCUCGAUCAGUUGGGCAGUCGUCACGACAGCUUGUCAAUCUGUGUUCGAGCUGAUGGGUGCAUCUUAAGAUGCAACAGCUAUUGUCGACCAUCAGACUUUCAUGCCAUACACUUUUGAAACGACUCUUCUUGGCCUGAGACUUAUCUGCCGUCAUUUAUGAGAUCAACAGCUUUUGUGCAACUUUGUUGGAUGCAUUGACCAUUCUGAAGAAGUGGCUUCAUACCCGACUUCUCUAAGGAAACUCAUUUCACGCUUGUGUGCCCUUAUGAGACGGAGCAGAAAUCGGGACAAAAGCUGCGCUGAGUUAGUCCUCGUAAUUGUUCUACGGAUAUUGUCAAUUGCACAGCUUAUUCUGAAGUAGAUGUACACAAAACGCAGCAAAACACAAACAGGAAUCAGAAAGUUCAG